AUGAGACUUUUCCAGACAAACGCUGAGCCUCUGUUGGCCAGCGUCACGCUCCUAGCCUUAGCAGGAACUGUCGUGGCGCAAUGCAGCCUUCCGUCGUCAUACCGCUGGUCAUCGUCCGGCGUACUCGCUACUCCGAAGUCUGGAUGGGUAUCGCUCAAGGAUUUCACAACUGCUCCGUAUAACGGCCAGCAUCUCGUGUAUGCGACAACCCAUGACACCGGUUCGAGUUGGGGCUCAAUGAACUUCGGCCUCGUCUCUGACUGGUCUCAAUUGGCCUCGGCAGCCCAGAAUGGCAUGAGUUCCGGCGCCGUUGCGCCAUCGCUCUUUUACUUCGCCCCAAAGAGCAUCUGGAUUCUUGCCCAUCAAUGGGGCCCGACUACAUUUUCAUACCGGACGUCUACGAACCCAACCAAUGCCAAUGGCUGGUCAGCGGCGCAACCACUCUUCACCGGCACCAUCACUGGCUCUAGCACGGGUGCAAUUGAUCAGGCAGUUAUCGGCGACAGCACCAAUAUGUACCUAUUCUUCUGCGGAGAUAACGGCAAGAUAUAUCGCGCAAGCAUGCCUAUUGGCAACUUCCCAGGCAGCUUCGGCUCAUCUUCAACUGUUGUCAUGAGUGACACCACCAACAACCUGUUUGAGGCUGUUCAGGUGUAUACCUUGCAGGGUCAGCAAAAAUACCUCAUGAUCGUUGAGGCGAUUGGUUCCAACGGACGCUACUUCCGUUCGUUCACAGCCAGUAGCCUGGGCGGUUCCUGGACCGCCCAAGCUGCGACCGAGAGCAACCCCUUUGCCGGCAAGGCCAACAGCGGAGCCACAUGGACAAAUGACAUCAGUCACGGCGAGCUCAUCCGCACCAGCGCCGACCAGACCAUGACCAUUGAUCCUUGCAAACUCCAACUUCUUUACCAAGGACGUUCGCCUAGCUCCUCUGGCGACUACGGCCUUCUGCCUUACCGGCCAGGCUUGCUCACUCUUACCAACCCCACCGGUAAUAGCCCUCCUGCGACCAACCCUCCCGCCACACCCCCGCCCUCCAGUGGUGGGGGCACCAUUCCGCAAUGGGGACAGUGCGGUGGUACCGGUUGGACUGGAUCGACUACUUGCCAGGGCUCUUACAAGUGCACCUACGUCAACGAUUGGUACUCUCAGUGCGUGUAG